GCUCGCAGCGCGGCAGCGCUUGGCGCGGCCUGUCGAGAGCGCAGUCUCGAAGCCCGCUGCAGGGAGAAGAUGGCGGUCGCGGUGAGAACUUUACAGGAGCAGCUGGAGAAGGCCAAAGAGAGCCUCAAGAACGUGGACGAGAACAUUCGCAAGCUCACCGGGCGAGACCCGAAUGACGUGCGGCCCAUUCAAGCCAGGUUGCUGGCCCUUUCUGGUCCUGGUGGAGGUAGAGGACGUGGUAGCUUAUUGCUGAGGCGUGGAUUCUCAGAUAGUGGAGGAGGACCCCCAGCCAAGCAGAGAGACCUUGAAGGGGCAGUCAGUAGGCUGGGCGGGGAGCGACGGGCAAGGAGAGAAUCACGCCAGGAAAGUGACCCAGAGGAUGAUGAUGUUAAAAAGCCAGCACUGCAGUCUUCAGUUGUAGCUACCUCCAAAGAACGCACACGUAGAGAUCUUAUCCAGGAUCAAAAUAUGGAUGAAAAGGGAAAGCAAAGGAACAGACGAAUAUUUGGCUUGUUGAUGGGCACCCUUCAAAAAUUUAAACAAGAAUCUACUGUUGCUACUGAAAGGCAAAAGAGGCGCCAAGAAAUCGAACAGAAACUUGAAGUUCAGGCAGAAGAAGAGAGAAAGCAGGUUGAGAAUGAGAGGAGAGAGCUGUUUGAAGAGAGGCGUGCCAAGCAGACAGAACUGCGGCUUUUGGAACAGAAGGUUGAGCUUGCACAGCUGCAAGAAGAAUGGAAUGAGCAUAACGCCAAGAUAAUUAAGUACAUAAGAACUAAGACAAAGCCCCAUUUGUUCUAUAUUCCUGGAAGAAUGUGUCCAGCUACCCAAAAAUUAAUAGAAGAGUCACAAAGAAAAAUGAACGCUUUAUUUGAAGGUAGACGCAUCGAAUUUGCAGAGCAAAUAAAUAAAAUGGAGGCUAGGCCUAGAAGACAAUCAAUGAAGGAAAAAGAGCAUCAGGUGGUGCGUAAUGAAGAACAGAAGGCGGAACAAGAAGAGGGUAAGGUGGCUCAGCGAGAGGAAGAGUUGGAGGAGACAGGUAAUCAGCACAAUGAUGUAGAAAUAGAGGAGGCAGGAGAGGAAGAGGACAAGGAAGCAGGUAUAGUUCAUAGUGAUGCAGAGAAAGAACAAGAGGAGGAGGAGCAAAAACAGGAAACAGAGGUUAAGAUGGAGGAGGAAACAGAGGUAAGGGAAAGUGAGAAGCAACAGGAUAGUCAGCCAGAAGAAGUUAUGGAUGUACUAGAGAUGGUUGAAAAUGUCAAAAGUGUAAUUGCUGAGCAGGAAGUAAUGGAAACUAAUCAAGUGGAAAGUAUAGAGCCUUCAGAAAAUGAAACUAGCAAAGAAUUGGAGCCAGAGAUGGAAUUUGAAGUUGAGCCAGAUAAAGAAUGUAAAUCUCUUUCUCCUGCAAAAGAGAAUGUUAAUACUCUAGAAACAGAAAAGGAGGCUGAGGAAAAAGAAGAAAAAGAAUCUGAGCCCCACCCUGAGCCUGUGGCUCAGCCUCAGCCCCUGCCUCAGCCUGUGUCCCAGAGUCAGCCUCAGUCUCAGCCCCCUUCUCAGGCCCAGCCUGUACUCCAGGCCCAGCUUCUCUCUCAGCCAGAGACUUUGCCCUCAGCUGUUUUACAGCCACCACCCCAAGUUAUUCAGGAGCAGGGGACUUUCCUGCCUGAGCGGAAGGAAUUUCCUAUAGACUCUGUAAAACUGGCUGAGGUUCCCCUAGAGCCAGCCUUGGUAGUACAUUCAGAAAGCAAAGCCAAGACCAAAACUAGGAGCAGAAGCCGAGGGCGAGCCAGAAAUAAAACAAGCAAGAGUAGAAGCCGCAGCAGUAGCAGUAGUAGUUCAAGCAGCAGUUCGACCAGUAGCAGCAGUGGCAGCAGCUCCAGCAGUGGCAGCAGCAGUAGUCGGAGCAGUUCCAGUAGUAGUUCCAGUACGAGUGGGAGCAGCAGCCGAGACAGUAGCAGCAGCACGACUAGCAGUAGUGAGAGUAGGAGUCGCAGUCGAGGCCGAGGACACAAUAGAGAUAGGAAGCACAGGAGGAGCAUGGAUCGGAAACGAAGGGAUACUUCAGGACUAGAAAGAAGUCACAAAUCUUCAAAAGGUGGUAGUAGUAGAGAUGCAAAAGGAUCAAAGGAUAAGAAUUCCCGGUCUGACAGAAAAAGGUCUAUAUCAGAGAGUAGUCGAUCAGGCAAAAGAUCUUCAAGAAGUGAAAGAGACCGAAAAUCAGACAGGAAAGACAAAAGGCGUUAAUGGAAGAAUCCAGGCUUUCUUAGCCUAUUCUUUGCAGCAGAAGAUUUCUUGAUGAGUAAAAGGAUUCCCUUUCCUUGUAAGGAGGAUGCUGCCUUAAGAAUUGCAUGUUGUAAAAAAUCUUUUUGGAAAAUACAGACUGUUUGUUUACCAGACAUUCUUGUACUUUUUGCAUAAUUUUGUAAGAGUUAUUUAUCAAAAUUAUGUGAGGUUCAAAAAUAUGUAAAAAUAAUAAUAAUAAAAAAAGAUUAACAUCCCUUGUCAUCUUUUUUAAAUACCCUAUACUCUUCAGUAAGAAUCUGUAUAUUUUAAUAGAUAAAUCUUUAAGUCUGUUCCCUUAUAAUUCUGUAUCAUACAUUGCUUUUGUAGAAAUAAAUGUGCAUCUUUUUCUUAUUUUUUUGGGAUGUCCUCGUUGACACUUGUAUAGUAUCUUUAUAUAAUUUUCAGUUCUUAUUACAUGAUACUGAACAUGAUAUGGAUGUUUUUGAAGGUCUCCUCUCUUUUAUUUGCCUUAAACAGUUAUUUUGAGUUGUCAGGUCUUUGAAGCUAUGAGGGGGAAUAGUUCUCUUUAAAAUCAUUACUAUUUUCUAAUCUCCCUUACUGUUAAUCUAAGCAUUCUCCUGUUUCUCAUUUAAACCACUUAGUUGGUAGAUAAGAAUGGUCCGGUUGGUUGUCAUUUUCCUGAUUAUGGGAACAUCAUUCUUUUGUCCUCAUAGUUACUUGUGUGUUAACAGCAUAUAUGGUUCGUUAUAAUUAACACUUUCUAGGGGAGGGAGGUAAAAGUAUCUUCUAAACUUGUUUUUUGAAUUUGUGGUCUUGUCUUUCUGUUGGCUCUAACUGAAACAUGCCAAUAUGUAUUUUUACGAAUUUUUGUUUAAGGAAGUAUUGUAUGAAAGUUUCCACAAUGAAGGAAGUUCAUCUAGACUUGAAUAUGUAAGCAAGAUAAACACACAAGUGUACCAAGUGACUAUUACUUUGUUGUUUUAUAAAUUUGUAUGAACUUGGAGUAUCUGUUGCCCAUUACUAAAUGUGCAAAUAAAUGUGGCUUAGACAAGUG